GAGAAGUAAAGUAAGAGUGUUUGCGGAAGCGAGUAAGAGGUAUAGGAGCUUAGUGCUCUGAUACCAUGAGAGAAAAUGAAGAACAGGAUGAACAAGAGAGAGAGAGUAAUGUUUGAAUUUGAGAGAGAGAGAGAACGAGGAAAAUAUUUUCCUUGAUUUAAUUGUGGAUCUGAGUACAAGCAUUUAAAGGCAAAUUGCCUCAUACACAAUAUAAUACAAUAUUCAUUGUUUUAAAAAAAUAUCUUCAAGAGUCUUCUUUUCUCUUCUUCUUCUUUUCAAUAGGAUACCUUAUAAAGCCUUAUAAAACUUUAUAAGUCUCUAACUAACUUCUCAAGUCUGGCAGUUCGUUUCUCAAGUCUGGCAGCUUGUUUCUGCUUCAUGUCAACAUACAAAAGAAAAAAAAUCAAGAAAGAGCGAGAUUAAGCAAUGGGAACAAUAUCGUCAAUCUUCUCAAAGCCAAAACCACCACAUAACUACGAAGCGAUUCUAAAAUAUUAAGACUCUGCUCUUCCUCCUGAUGCUACGUCGUCUCUUGACAAGUUAUACCCUCAGCUAUUCGAUGGCGUUUUCUUGAAGGACAAGAAACAGGUCUUUAACUUGUUUUUGUUGAACUUCCUAUUAUUUUUCGGGUGAAUUGGUGAAAUACCAAAAGAAAAACUAAAAUUAAUUUGUUAGAGAGAGAUAGGAAGAGAAAGAAAGAGAAAAAAUGGGGAUUUGAUUAUUUUGUGAAUUAUUGUUUUUUUUUGUUGGUUACAGGGUGCAAUUUCCCUUAUUUUUCUUGGUUUGAUUCAAUAAAGAGAAACACCAACUAAAAGACUAUAAAAUUCUAUAUAUAUGUUAGUGCAGAGUAAUUAAAUUUUAUUGAUGAUGGAAUUUGAUAUUCAGAAGUACUGGAUAGAGGGUAAAGCUAAGAAGAACUGCUUCAUGUUGUACGCGAGAGAUAUAGCGAUUUCAUUGGCUGAGUUUCAAACAAAUAAUAACUGGAGUUGGUUUACUGAUAUAGACCAAACAUCCAGUGAUGCAAGAAUUGAGGUUGCAAAGCUGGAAUGGGUAGCUUGGUUAGAAGUGUUUGGAAACUUCGAGAUGGAGAAUCUAACUCCCAACAGUUUGUACGAGGUUGUGUUUGUGGUUAAGCUGGUUGAUCCUGCGCAGGGAUGGGAAGUUCCGGUUAACUUCAAACCGGUUUUACCGACAGGAGAAACCAAAGAGCGGCAAGAGAAUAUGACUAUGUUAGGAAGAAACCGGUGGGUGGAGAUUCUGGCCGGUGAGUUCAGGACAUCGCCGGAAUAUAUUUUCGGGAAGAUUGAGUUUUCGAUGUAUGAGGUUAAAGGUGGGUUGUGGAAGUCCGGUCUGGUUGUGAAAGGUGUUGCUAACCCAAGAAUCAAAAUAUUAAAUUUUGUAAGCUUAAACAAUAAAAUUGAAUACGAAAGUUACUAUGAUCUAUGUACAUCAUAUAAAUGACUAGGGCUGGUCCGCCCUACGGGCGGGAUGAUAAUUUCAAAAUAAUGUAAAUAGUUACAGUAAAUAUUUAUUAUAAAUCGUUAUAUUUAAAAAUAUACAUAUUAGUUAAA